UUCGGUCGUGCGCGCCGCCGUUCCUGCGGAAUUCAGGGAGCUGUGGUCGGACUCUGAAGACUCCCACCCCACCUAGAGAAUAAUGAACAACAAAUUUGAUGCUCUGAAAGAUGAUGACAGUGGGGACCACGACCAGGAUCAAGGCUCACAGAAAGACUGUGAGAAGGAAAAAAAUGACAAUGAUGAGGACAAUGAUCAGAACACUGCCAAGAAGAAGAUGGCAGUUCCAGGGGUAGGGGAGCACCCCCUCCAGUAUAACUACUCCUUCUGGUACUCCAGACGCACCCCCGGCCGGCCUGCCAGCACCCAGAGCUACGAGUCCAACAUCAAACAGAUCGGCAGCUUCGCCUCGGUGGAGCAGUUCUGGCGUUUCUACAGUCACAUGAUCCGCCCGGGCGAUCUGACUGGCCACAGCGACUUCCACCUUUUCAAGGAAGGUAUCAAACCCAUGUGGGAGGACGAUGCUAAUAAGCUAGGUGGGAAGUGGAUCAUCCGGCUGAGGAAGGGCCUGGCGUCUCGUUGCUGGGAGAAUCUGAUUCUGGCCAUGCUGGGGGAACAGUUCAUGGUGGGGGAGAUCUGUGGCGCUGUGGUGUCUGUACGCUUCCAGGAGGACAUCAUCUCCAUCUGGAACAAGACAGCCAGUGACCAGGCCACCAUUACCCGGAUCAGAGACACUCUACGUAGGGUCCUCAACCUACCACCCAACACCAUUAUGGAGUACAAGACACACACCGACAGCAUCAAGGCCUGGGAGGACUUCCAUGGUCUGGUGAACGCUGUUGGUGGUCGCUAGUCUCUAAAGCUGUGAGUUUCUGCCAAGGAUUUGUGUGUAGUGUCUUUUGGAUGAAAUCCGGAGGAAUAAUACCUUUAAGGAUCAGUACUGUUUGACAUGGCGACAGCGAGGGAGAGAUAGGGAGAUAAAGAGAGGGAGGGACAGUGGCCUUCCUUUCUAUGGCUCAUGGAAUCUACUGUACGGAACACGGAACCAAGCUGUCGGUUGGUUGGAGCUUUUUUUAUCUGCCUGUCAGUCAGAGAUGAAUGAAACCUCAGUGGAUGUAUUUUUUUCAAGUGACACUGUCCCUGAUCUGCCAACAGAGGGAGACUGUGCGACAAGCAUUUGGUGAUUUGGCCAAUGACUGUUGACGGAAUCUUCUUCUAGCAGAAUAUUAAACCAAACCCUUCCCAUAAAUAGGUAUAGGCAGUAUAUUCAUCAUUGUGUAGCACAAUCACAGUUCCCUCUGGUAGAGUUUUAAAUGUACAGCAGAGAAAAUGUAUCUGUUUUUUUUAAAACUCUGAAACUUAACAGGGUUGCAGGUGGAAGUUAUUUUAUUAUAGUGCAGUAUUUUAACUACAAUGCCUCUAGUCAUUUAAACUAGAAAUAUUAUGGCGUACAAAAAUAUAUUUCUAGAAAAAGCUAUGUCCUUUUGAGAAAAUCUAUUUACUUAACGAGAAUCGAGAACUUGAUUCUUUACCUUUGACCAGAAAGUUUUCAACCCAAAGGAUGGGGACCAUCCUAAAGGGGGACCGUGGGUAACGUGAACCGGCCUCUUUAGAAUGGACUGCCUAGCUGCCUAUAUCACUGUGCCUGGCCUCGAGACGGACCCAACCCAGAUGAAACAUUCUAAAUGCCUUUCAAGAUCCCACAGUGAAGAUGGACAUAACAAUACAACUCUAACAACAAUGUAAUCCGUGACAACAUAAUCUCUCCAGUGUGGAAUGGUGGUAGCCUGGGUGUCAGUCUGUUUCUGCUCUCUUGCCAACUCCUCAUGCAUUUACAUUUACAUUUAAGUCAUUUAGCAGACGCUCUUAUCCAGAGCGACUUACAAAACAGUUUGGCUUGACAAUGAUCAUGGAGUUAGUCAAAAUCACCAACAGAUCUGGGACCAGGCUAGAAUGGUGGCCCUGCUGUGAUAUUUUCCCCGGGGUAGAAGGAGUCCCUGAACACUGACCUGGAAUCAGCUCAUCUGACCCCCCUCACCAUUUAGUGCUACAGAACAGAAACUGGUCCCAGGCCAGAGCUUGGGGCUCCUUCUAUCUUCUCCCCCCUGAUGAAAUACUGCCCAGGAUUGGAUGGGUGGUGCUGGAAAAAGGGUGUCUUGUCAAAACGAGGAAAGUACUGUCUGAUGGAUAUACACCUGAUGGAUUAUAGCAAUAAAUGUUGAUUAUGCAUCUGCUGCUAA